UCUUUGGAUCACGUGACAAAUGUGCAACCGCCAUUUUGAGGUCUUGCAGCAUGUCGGAUUUUACCGCGGUUGCGCCGCCACAAUCAAAUAUUUCUAGUGGGUACGAUCCUAGUGCAGCGUUCGCGGAUGCUGUGCAAAGAGCGCGACAGAUCGCUGCAAAGAUUAACCCCCCAUCAAAUUCCGACGCGGGCGCUAUACCUGGCGGUGGAACCAAGCGGCCUCUAGAGGAUAGCAUGGACAGAAAUGAUGGUUCACCAGACGCCAAGAAACUGGCCGCCGUGAAUGACCCCUUUGGAGCGCAGCUAGCGGCACUGGCUCAACAGAGGGGAUCCCUAGCAAGCGCUGCGCCGGCUGUUGAAGAGUGGAGUGUACCCGACAAAAUGGUUGGACUAAUCAUUGGUCGGGGAGGCGAGCAGAUCAGCCGGCUGCAAGCGGAGUCUGGGUGCAAGAUCCAGAUGGCCCCCGAUUGUGGGGCUAUGUCAGAGCGACCCUGCACCCUGACUGGACCACGGCAUGCCAUUGAGAAGGCGAAAGAAAUGAUCAACCAAAUAAUAAGCCGUGGAGGGGAUCCAAGCCAGCUAAACGAUGGCCACGUCGUAGUGGAACUCAUGGUGCCGGGGCCCCGGGUGGGCCUGGUCAUCGGCAAGGGCGGCGAGACCAUCCGGGGGCUGCAGGAGCGAGCCAAUGUGAAGAUGGUGAUGAUCCAAGAUGGCCCCCAGCAGUCUAUGAUGGACAAGCCCCUCCGCAUCACCGGCGAAAAGAGCAAAUGCGAGUACGCCAAGCGCCUUGUGCUGGACCUCAUCACAGAAAAGGAGUUGGAAAACGUGCGCCGUGGCUAUGGUGGUGGAGGAGGCCCUGGUGGACCCGGCGGCGGUGGUGGCGGCGGCGGCGGUGGCGGCGGCGGAGAAUAUGGUGGGCCCCCUGGAGGAGGUGGUCCUGGUGGAGGAGGCCCGGGCGGUGCUUCCCAAGAAGUUCUGGUGCCCAAGCAGGCAGUAGGCGUGGUGAUCGGCAAGCAAGGGGACAUGAUCAAACGCAUCCAACAGGAGACUGGGGCUCGUGUCCAGUUUCAGCAGCCACAGGAUGACAAUGCCCCCGACCGCGUCUGUCUGCUCACUGGCGGUCCUGACCAAGUGCACCACGCUGCCUCGUUCAUUGGCGAGCUCAUCCAGAGUGUCCUGAACCGCAGCGGAUUCGCUCCGCACAGACAAUUUGGAUUUCCGCCACCUUUCGCAAGAGACCAGCAAAACAUGGGACGUGGAAGGGGUCGAGGUAGAGGGGGCUUUGAUGGUGGAUUUGGGCCACCAGGAGGCCCUGGCAUGGGUCGUGGCGGUCGGGGUCGUGGCCCUGGUGGGGAUGACGUGCACGAGGUUCAGUACACUGUGCCUGCCAACAAAUGUGGCUUGGUCAUUGGUAAAGGUGGUGAGGCCAUCCGUCAGAUCAACCAGCAGUCUGGUGCCCAUGUGGAACUGUCAAGGGCACCCCCACCAAACCCCGUGGAGAAAGUCUUCAUCAUUCGGGGCAAUCCUCAGCAGAUUGAGCAUGCCCAACAGCUUAUCAAUGAGCGGAUAGGUGGGCCUCCCCCAGGCGCGGCCAAUGGACAGGGUCCCCCUAAUUACCCGACCCAGUACCCACAGCCUUACCAACAGCCUCCGCCUCCCAACCAGCCAUAUGCCCCACAGGGCUGGGGAAAUGCUUAUCAGCACUGGCAGAACCAGAGUGCACCACCGAAUGACCCCUCCAAAGCAGCCGCCGAUGCCAAUGCAGCGGCCUGGGCUGCAUACUAUGCACAAUACUAUGGGCAGCAGGGUGGCCAGCCUCCACAGACGCCCCAGCCUCCGCAAGGAGCCACUGCUCCGGCAAUCCCCAAUCAAGCAGCCCCCCAGCAGCAACAGCAACAGCAGCCUCCACAAGCAGGGGCACCUGCAGGUGCACAACCUGACUACAGCCAAGCCUGGAUAGAGUACUACAGGUCCUUAGGGAUGUUCCGAGAAGCAGAGAUGAUUGAGCAGCAAACACGGGGUAACCAAAACCAGCAGAAGACUACUGAACCGUUGAAUAAGGGACAGACAGGUGCAUUCCCUCCGGGGAGCAGUGGCCCUGGGGCCCAGCAGCAGCCAGGCCAAGCUGCUGGUGCAGCACCAGGCCAGCCAGGGGCUGCAGGUGCCCCUCCACCGGCACAGGGCUACCCCUACUCUGGGCAGCAGGGGCCCCCUGCGGGGGCUCCCCCUACUGGUCAGCCCUCAUACGGGGCUCCCCCUGGUGGAGCUACAGCUGCCACAGCACAAUACCCGGGUUACAGCUAUCCAGGCUAUGGCGGUGCUCCCCAGUAGUGGCCUUCCUGCAGGAAUAAUGAUUUUGAGCUGUCUGCCCUAGAAGUGUGCUACUACCCUCUUGCCUACUUGCCCUUGGUCCUCUUGAUGAUGAUGAUGAUGAUGAUGAUGAGCUUGAUGGUCGGGAUGAUGCUUGGGGGAAUGUUCACGCUCCGGGGCGGUGUGGCACAAUGCAGAGCAGGCCCCUGAGAGAGAAUAACAUAACAGAAAUCAUUGCUGUCAAGAAAUUGGCAUUGUGAAGUCCUCCUCUGCUGCUGGAUUGCUUUAUUGUGCUCUUCACCACACCCUUAGUGCACAGCUCCAAUGGCCUCAUUUGUUUUUAGUUCUCGCCAUCGUGGAAAAAAAAAAAAAUGGAAUCCUAAGGUUUGGGCGCAAGAGAGCAGGCAGGCACGUAGCGAGCAACACAGCGACACACAUUCCGACAUGUUGCUCUUGAAGGGCAAGUGAUUGUGGCUUCCUGCGACGGUGUCUAGGUGCGGCUAAAGUAUGAUUGUGUAACACUGCACGUGCGCAUUAAAUUCAACACAUCUGGCAUGUCAUUUUUUUUUUAAUGCUCACACAACUCUCCAAACCCUCAGUAAUACUGCCUCGUGAGGCAGCACAAUAGUUAAACCAUCUGUUUUCUUUGUUCAUUACCUCUUCACACACUUUUAUUGUACAGUUCAUAGACUCUCUGCGCCAUCUCAUAUGAAUUUUGCCACGCAAGUAGAAUGGCCAUUGGGGUUUUCUUUUUCUCCCCUUCCUUAUGCUCCUGUUCCCCAUUUUGUACUCUGUCAAAUAAACUUGUAUGUGAGAAGUGCUUUUUU